AUGGAUCCGUUCUCGAUCACAGCGGGUGUCGUAGCAUUCUUACAUUUCUCCACCUCUUGCUCCAAGAAUCUACGACAACUGAUACACACCGCGCGGUAUGCUCCGGAUGAGAUUCUAAGUAUCUCAAAUGAGGUCAGCGAUAUCAACCUUAUCCUCAACGAUAUCGAAGCGACCAGUAGAGCUUUCGAAGACUCGGGAUCGCAAAACAGCCAUGGAUACAGCGGAGGCCUUUCUGCUCUGUUACCCUCCGCAAGGGCAAAACUUGGCCAGCUUGAAGGUCUUGUGGCUGAGCUGUUCGCAGCCCAGCAUGAUGGCAGAGUCAUGUUUCAGAGGUAUAUCUGGCUUCGGAAGAAGCCUGUUGCUUUAGCUUUGCAGAAAGAUAUUGUCCUGAUUAAGAGAAAAUUGGGUCUGUUUCUCAACUCCGCGACAGCUUCUCGCGCUGUCAGAAUUGAGGCAUCGCUACAGGGUUUAACCACAGAGAUCCGUCAACUCCCCUCGCAAUUGAAUCCACAGCCUGUAGAAACCGCUUCCAUAAAGUCAGCCUCUGAGUUAGACUUUGUGGCUGCUAUGACGUCGACGAGUGAGCCUCAAUUUGGUCUCAAGGUUCGUAAUAGAGUUGGGAAUACGGAGAACAGCAUCUUCACAUUCGCUCGGAACGGUAAUACGGACGCCAUUGUCGAACUUUUCAAGAAGCGCAUGGCUUCACCCAACGACUUGUCAACCAGGUAUGGACAGUCAAUCAUGCAUUUCGCUCUCGAACUCGGGCAGAUGGAAACUUGCAAGUUUCUACUCAAAAUUGGGAUACAAAGUUCCGCUGCUCAUGAAAUAUCAACCCUGAUCGUGUCGAAGCGUGGUACAGCGCAGAGUCGGGACUAUGAAGGUGUCUUUCGUGAGAUUGCUGCCGCCCACUCUGAACUAUGGGAUUUCACCUACCUACACAAAGCUGUCACGGGAAUCACACAUGGGAAUCUACAUGAGGCCCUUCAAGACCCAGUUCACUUAGCUGUGCUGGACGUGCCAGAUUCGCAAGGCCGGACCCCUCUCAUUUGGGCCGCCCUGCGAGGAGACGAACCCUCAGUCAAGGCACUGCUUCGCGCGGGUGCAAAGACAUCCCCUGUAGACUGGGAGAAAAGAUCAGCACUUCACAGUGCCAUCGUAUCCGGCAGCGUGAGAUGCGUUGAGCUUCUACUAAUGGCGGGAUCUAGCGUCCACUCUCGAGACAUUCACGGCGAUACACCUCUUCAAAUGGCAUCAUGGGCAAACGACCAUCCGCCUAUGCUAGAAACGAUCUUUUUGGCCGGCGCGUCCAUAAAUGAUCAGAACGUCCAGGGUGUGACCCCAUUACAGUGUGCAGUAGACUUGAAUCACCAUCAUAACGUACAGUAUCUUCUAGAUAUUGGUGCAAUUUUGGAAAGCAGAGACAAAGAUGAUGACUCGCCACUGUUCGAUGCGAUCCGUUACAGCAACAUCGAAGCACUUGAGGUGCUGCUUCGUUAUGGUCCUCAGUUCGAUCACGUAAACAAGACUGGACAAACUGCCCUUCACAUUGCUGCUACUGAGGCCGAUCGUAGAGUCCUUCAGACACUUCUACAUGCUAGGAUGGUAGGGAUUGAUCCAUUAGCUAAGGACUGGAAAGGUCGGAUGGUUUUUGAAGCUUUCGAGGACAGAGUACACCAUCCGUGCGGUUUCAGAGAAGACCUUGAGCGCCUAGUGGAGUAUGUUGUGCGCAGAGGCUGGGAUGAUGACGGAAGCGAUAGCGGAUCGUUUGUUGAUGCAUUAGAGAAUCUUGAGAUUAGUGGGACAGCUUGA